CAGGAGGGGACUAUCACUAUCACAGUUGGAGUAGAUCCCGUGUCUCAGCCGUAUCUCUCAUUACUGGAUAUACAACCACUCAUUCCCGACUUUUCCGGCGUUUUGGACGAUUUCUGUCGAAAGGCACUACUAGUGAAUCCACUUGAGCGAAUGAUGACGGAGUACCAUUUUACUUUUAAGUGAAGAAAAGUACAACUGCUGCAUUCCUGCGAGAGGGUCACCAGGGAGACGGUUUGAGUGACCUGCUCACUUGAGAGGGGGGGGUGGGGGGUGGGUGGUGGAUCUUGUGAUACUCACCCCUCCUGGUCACACUGCUGAUGUUCAGCAUGAUGACCCACAGUGCAUGGCUGCUCUUCCAGCUAUUGCUGUGUAUUGUGCCCACCCUGUGGGGUUACCCAUUUAGACCCCCACUAGACCUGGAUGUGACCCCCAGAACUACAGUCCUCUCUAAUGGGCUGUUGGGCUGCAGACGCUUCAGAGGUUCAACUCUCAACUACAGUUUAUUGCUCCUGGAGGAGGAGGCAGACAUGCUGUAUGUGGGAGCGAGAGGGGCUUUAUUUGUCCUGCAGGCUAGUGACAUCUCCAGCAGCUCACUGCGGAAUAUUGACUGGGAGGCAUCAGACGAACAGAAGCAACAGUGCUUGAGGAAAGGGAAAGAUAACGAGACGGAGUGCUACAACCACAUACGUUUCCUCCAAAGGUUCAACAGCACACACUUGUACACUUGUGGCACGCAUGCUUUCAGCCCUCUGUGUGCAUACAUUGAUGGGGGGCAGUUUAAGCUCUCGUCGGCCUUCGAGGAGGGUCGAGAGAAAUGUCCAUAUGACCCCAACAAAGGAUACACUGGACUGCUGAUUGAUCAACAGAUGUACACAGCAUCUCAGUAUGACUUUCGGAGCUUUCCAGAUAUCCGACGCAACUCUCCGAAUCCCACACUGAAAACAGAAGAGGCUCCCACUCAAUGGCUACAGGAGGCUGAUUUUGUGGGCUCAGCAUUGGUGAGAGAGAGUGUGAGCAGCUCAGCUGGAGAUGAUGAUAAGAUUUACUUCUUUUUCACGGAGAAGAGCCAAGAGCUCAGUCCAUACUUCAGCCACAGCAGAGUAGCGCGUGUUGCUCGUGUGUGCAAGAGCGAUAGAGGAGGUCUCCUCACCCUACAGAAGAAGUGGACCUCCUUCCUGAAGGCAAGGCUGGUGUGUUCUUUACCUGACUAUGAAUUUCACUUCAAUGUGUUGCGGAGUGUGUUUUUGCUGGAGGGUGCCCGCUCUCAGGACUCUAUUCUCUAUGGCAUCUUUGGCUUGGAAUGGAAAAAUUUAAAAGCCUCUGCUAUCUGCCAGUACUCCAUUUCGGACAUCCAGUGGGCCUUUGAGGGGCCUUACAUGGAGAGCACGGAGGACUCCAGCCCUAAAUGGACCCAGUAUAUGGGGAAGGUUCCGGAACCGCGACCUGGCUCGUGCAUCACAGAUCAAUUUAGAGCAAGAGGCAUCAACUCAUCCACCAACCUACCUGAUGAUGUGCUUCACUUUGUCCGUCGCCAUCCACUCAUGUACAGGCAGAUCCGUCCACAAGGACAACGCCCCCUGUUGUUGAGGAGGAAUGUGGACUAUACUAAAAUUGCAGUACACAGAGUGACGGGUCUAGAUAGUCAGAUAUACCACAUGCUCUUCAUUGGGACAGAUGAAGGUUGGCUGCAGCGGGCUGUGGUGGUCAAUGGUCAACUGCACAUCAUUGAGGAAAUGCAGUUGUUUGAGGAGCCCCAGCCAGUGGAAAGUAUAGUCAUCUCUGAGAAACAAAUGAGUGUUUAUGUGGGUUCGCCCACCUCAGUGGUACAGAUGCCCUUAUCCACAUGCAACAGAUACGCCUCCUGCUUUGACUGCGUGAUGGCGCGUGAUCCCUUCUGUGCCUGGGAUGGACUAGAGUGUGUGCAGAUUACAUCACACAACAGCAGAGCCAAUCUGAAGCAGGAUAUUUUGAAUGGAAAUAAGGGCUGUGAUGAAUCUACAGCAGAUGUCCUAAUGUUACACCGCUCUCGCUCUGUGAUGGCGGGCGAUGAUGUACUGCUUCAGUGUGAGCUCAGCUCCAAUCUGGCCACUCCUGAGUGGACCUUGGAUGGCAAGAAACUGCAGGGAUAUGGGUUGAACUCCGGCUACCGGAUUGGCACAGACGGUCUUCUGGUCAUUGAGGCACGGCCCUUCCAGAGUGGUGACUACUGUUGCAUUGCCAUCGAGAAUGGAGUCCAUAUUCCUGUUGUUAUCUACAGCUUGACUGUUCGCCAGGAGCUGCCUCCGCCUUCUCCUGUAGAGCCAACUCAUCCACUCAUGACUACUACAAUCUUCUGGCCUGAUAAAACUUCUCAAAAAGACUCCCUGGAUGAAUUCAAUCCGACCCCUCUGUCUCCUCGCUUUGAGUUCCUAUCCCUGAGGAACAUGGAGGCCAUGUAUCUAUCCCUAAUCACAAUCUUAGGAGGACUAUGUCUUGUUCUCACAGUCGUCCUACUUUAUGUUGGAUUCUGUUUGCAAGGGCGGAGGGGUAAGUACUCUUUGCGAUCUGCUGCUCGUGCUGAAAGGAAUAGAGGUGCGCAUAUGGAGCUAAAUACCAUCUCCAGCCACUGCAGUGGGAAACCUGAUGCUCAUGAUGGUCUGCUGCAGAUCGUCCCUGGAGAAGCUCCAACUUCACCCAAUAAGGAGCUUCCUCCUGCUCCACCUCUCCCACCUCCACCUUCAGAAUCAGAGUAUAUAAAUGGACUCUCUGCCACCCUGCCCAGUGUCUUGCGCAAGAUGAAUGGCAACAGUUAUGUGCUACUGAGACAGACUGAUGGAGACACCACAUCCCCUCUAUAUUAUUCCUUCACGGAAGAGCUCAACAGGAUCCUGGAGAAGAGGAAGCACACGCAGCUGUGUAGUAAACCUGAUGAGAGCUCAGUGUGAACUUUGGGGCACAAUACAAACAUCCUACCAUGUGGAGAUAUGUGCAAGAGUCCUUAGAAGUGUCAAAGGACAGCAUUAUUAUUUACAAGCCCUGCUUUACUCAGAUUGACAUUAUUGGGAUGUUAAUAAUUGACCUAAACUCCUAUUAUUGGGAGAUAAACAAAGCAUCGAUAUUCCUCUAAAAAUUACAAAUUGCUUCUUGGUUUACAUUUCAAAUGUAGAGCUUUUGACUUUCAACCGAGUGCCCACUGGUCACAAAAAAGCGAAGAUUGCAACACAUACAAUGGAAAUUCUACCUCAGCAGGAUAUCGCACAAGUCUCAACUCAUUUCAGAAUACUUGCUAUAAAAUUUGGGUUGGAAUAGGGUGGAAGGCCAAGGACAUGCAGCAGAGAAUCUUUAAAGCAAGAGUCUCAGUAUUGGGGGAAUCAAGCUACUUAUUCAAUAAUGAACUUGUAAAGUUUGUUCAAAUAACUUUAAAGACUUUUAUAAGGCAGCAAAAGAAUAUUGCAAGUGGCAACAUGAACUUCAUAUCCCGAUUCAAGAAUCAUACCUGGACUGAGCGAGUCACUUUAAAACAAGUGAUAUAGUGCACUGAACGUCUUUGCAUAUGUUCAUUAGUUUGAUAUUUCCUAAUUUAUGCCAAGACUGACCAUAUCAGUAACAGCUUGUAAUAAUAAUUACAAUUAAAAACAGCAGGGAUAACAGACUUUUAAAAAUGAGAAAUGCACUUGAUGGAACUAAUAGUGUGAAUAAGGCUUUUAUUAAUAGUUUCACAGGGGUGGGAAACUGGAAAGAUGACAGUAUUAACCACUGGGUUGCACUUUAUGGACUGGUAGCAUUUGUUUCUACGAGGUGCUGCUUAUUCUGACAGAUCUAGAGAGGACGAAAUGGACCACAAGGACAGUCAUGUUUGCAAUAGAUGUGAAUCGCUGAUUUAGCAACAAUAUGAUAAAACUAUAUCGUAUGCUGAAUUAAAGAUGCUAUGAAGGGAAGACUAUGUAAACGUACAAUAUACUUUUAUAACCCUGGGAAAUGAAUCACUAAUUCUGGUAAUUCUCUAAGUCUGGAUGUGUCUGUUUCAGAGUUUCAUAUAGCAGGGUUGUAUUGUCCCUUGCAGUAUGAUUAACAAAUCAGCGUUCAUAGGAACAGACGUGAUCCUUGGUGGGACUUCGUCAGAAUUCCACAGUCAUUGGCUGCCUGGUUUCCAAGGCAACCACAGCGAAGAGGUAAAUCUGAUGCUGAUCUUCUUAGAUUAUCCUUUGGAUUUGAACAAGUAUUACACCACCUUUUACAGUCAGGAUUUAGGAUUAGAGAAUUUGAGAAAAAAGGUGAAAUUGAGCUUCUAGUACCAGUAAAUGAAGUCAAUACAGUUCUAGUUGGGGCACAACAAACAAUGAGUAUUGUGAUAUUGCAGUUUAGGGAUACCUUCACUUUCUGUAUGUCUAUUCAAUGGUUGUGUAGUCUAAAUGUUCACGCUUGAGACUACCCACACUUGCGUGCAAGAGCAUUUUGGCAUUUCUCCCACUACUUAAGGGGAUAAAGCACCUGGUUCUGUCUGUUUAGAUCACAUUAUGCAGAUUGCAGUGAAGCCGAGUGGAGAACAUUAAGGCCACAUGUUCAGAGCAGAGGUCUGAGUACUACUGAUAAUGAAUUUUGCUUUCCUCUCUCUCUUUCUCUUUUUCCCUAACUUUUUGCUCAUUGUGUUUUUGAAUGAUUUUGUCUUGUUUAGUAUGCAUGAGCUUAACUUAUCUCUCUCUCUUCACUUUCCGUAUUGUUUUUCUGUACAAUCCAUAUGCCAUUCCAAACCUGGAUGGAGUUUUUGUUUUCUCAAAAAACCCACCCCAAAAGCAUCAUAAAAGUUUCCCAUAUAACUUGUGCGCUAUAUUCAAAUUUUUCAGAAGACACACCAUAGCUUUGCAUUAGGAACAGAUUUAAAUUUAAGCAGAUAUUCACUGAUAAUCUUCCUGUUUUAGCCCACUUUCCCGUCCAGACUAAAAAAUGGUUAUUCGUCAUUGACGCCAAAGCAGGAUUGGUUGUGGCAUUAAUGUGUAGUAUCCAAAUGUGAUGUCAUUUUUAAAUUCCUUUACAAUUAUGGCAAGAUUAUCAAGAAACAAUUAAUUUUGGUAUAUUCCUUAUAGUCACAUUCCCCAGAAUCAUUUGUACUACCUUUAUUAUACGUUUUUCUAUGCUUUAUGGUCUUUUUUUAGGUGUUUUGUCCUUUUUACAUAUUGACCGAUAUGGUCACUUUGAACAUUAGUUGUAUAAACCGAGCAGCGUAAAUAUUAAAAACUAUUUGUGUUACAAAGAAAAAAAUAUAGCAAAUGAAUUUGGAUCAAAGGUUUGAGUAAAUAAUGACAGAAUUUUCAUUUUUGGGUGGACUAUUCCUAUAAAAAUUAUUAAUAAUGUUUCCUGCCAUUCUUUUUUUUCUCUGUGUCCCUCAUCUCUCAUUCUCUGAGUACCCUCACCACCUUUUUUUAUUUCCAUUUGACAAAUGGCUUUCAUGUCUGUGCAUACUCCUCCAUCAUAGUCUUAAAUGAGAGCAGAAUAGAUCUGCAUACACAUCUGACCUCCUGUCCCAGAGGGUCACAAGCUGUGAUUAGAUGCUUAUCGUCAUGCCGCUCAUAUCGUCUGCGCCUGCAAUGUUUACGUCCCGCGAGUCUUAUAUAUUCCUGCAAGUGAGGCACUUGUGCGAAUUCUUCUAACAUGCCAGGACAGGUUUGUGGAUGAGAUAUAUCUCAACUGUGGCCCUCAUUCAAAGCUAUUUUAAAGUGUGCGAGAGAGAAAGAGAUUGACAGGGAAUGGGAGAAAAAACAUGAAUAAACGAGAGCCUAGAGAAUGCGUGGAAAUAGUUUGGGAAAUGGUUAUUAAAUCAUUUCAAUUCCUCAUUUUGGCAACUACACAGAGAACUCCACAAAUAGGAGUCAGGAUAACAAAAGAUAGCUCUGACACACCAAAUUAUGGUCAUGUAGGCUUAUUUGUUAACUUGUUCUAAAUUGUAACAUGGCAUUACAGGUUAUUCCCUCUUUAGAUAUAGGCCUACUGAAGACCAAAAUCAGUAGCGUUUGUGGCCUUAGUCUGUGUUUGCUAGCUUUGAGGCCAUCUAUAUGUUAGUGUACUCUUAAAUUUAGAAAAAAUUAACUUUCAGAAUUCAAAUUUACAGUCUUUCUCUUCCAGGAAAAUGGGCCGAAAAGAAAUUCUAGAAUGAGAAUGUCCCUCCCCUAAUUCCACCUCCAAUGGACUACAAUGUUAAUUAGCAAUCAUGGUUCAUGGCUGUGAUGUAACUGAAGCCUAUAGGCAAUUAUUUAUUUAUUUAUUUUAAGUUAAAAGCCCUUCGAUAUGUCCCACACAAACUUGCCCUUUAAACAGGAAAUUACACAAGAAUGAAAACUGUGCUCAUCAAGCCAUUUCAUUGGGUCUAUACAAAAAUAAUCAUACGACAUAUGGCCUCUUUAACAUUUUGAAUUUAUUUUUUGGCAGGACCAGCUGCUAUUUGAUGUUCAGCGUAAAAUAAGACAUUUUGUGGAGUUGAGCACAUUUCAAUCCUUACAAAGCAAUAGACCAGUUUGCUAAAAUCUUGAGAGCAAAAUAUAUAAAUGCUGCAACAGCAUUAAGUUUAGUAUUUAUCACUGAGGUAUAUGGGAGAAUUUGUAUAGAUUGAGUAUGUUUCAUUGUUUUGAUGUUGUACUAUUAAUUCAAGGCAUUUUCAGUAUGAGGUUCUUUAUGAAUUAUUAAAGAGGUUUGUGUUCUGUAUAGUUCACCAGAAAAGACUGUUGAUUGGUUGUGAAAUUCUUUUUUUAUUUUUGUUUUAUUUUACUUGGUCCCGCUAGUCAUGUAUACCUUAUUCCAACAUACAGUACAUGUGAAGAAUGUGUGUCUGUGGAAAUAUAUAUUUUACAGCUUUGUACAGUUUAUGUAUAUUUACUUUCAAAUUGGGAUUUUUCUCAUUUGUGGUUGGUUAAUGUUGCAUGACUAUACAUUUUUGCAAACAUGGCCUACACUAUGGGGGAAAAGCUGUAAUAAUAGUAACGGAAUUACCCCCAAAUAAGUGUAAUCUUCUUAUUGUGUGUAAAUUUACACAACAUUCUAAACAACGUGAACCCAAGAUUGUAUACAGUACUUCCUAUUUCCCAUGUAGUGUUCAGAUUAUAUUGUUAAAUCUCCUGCCGAACAUGUCUCAGGAUCACUUCAGCACACAGUUGCAUGCCUCUUCUGUUGUGGGUAGGAUUGUGUGGGCUGCCUGUGGAACUGGAUUGAAUGAAGCUGGUUAGACUUAUGCCUGUCACCAUGGUGAAAAAGACUGUAGAAUUCUUAUCAAUUCACUCAAUGUUUAAUUCUCUACUGCUCUCUCCAUGUGAAAACAUUAUCUUGCCCUAUACGUGUUCAGACAGUCAGAGCCCAAGAUAAACACUUAUAUAUUUGUUUAUUCAAGGAUAAGGUGUUAUGUUUUGUGUUUAAUUAACACAGAAAUGCUACAGGGACAUGCUGGCUGGGGAGGAGGCGGAGAAGUGUAUCAUUGCUUCCCAUUAUGUUUAAAAUUGAAACUUUUAUGUCUGAAUUUUGGUUUGUUUACAUUUUACUCAGUAAAUUAUUUUAAUAAACCGUAUUGAAUCUUCUGUUAAAGAUCCUAAUUCUAAAUUGCAAGUAUUGUUUUUUUUGUUCAAGUCAUACAUAUUAUUUAUCAUCACUGAAUCAGUCUGAAUACAUUAAGUUAC